GAGCACAGAUCAUCAUCGGGAGCAUCUGGUUUCCAUACACUGGACUCUGGGAUCCCAACAAGGCUACAGCUCUUCCUCGCUCAUCAUCCUGCUCAUCAAACUCAACGGAGAAUAUACCAGGAACAUGGAGGUGCGAGUCCUCUGCUUUUUACUCUUUGUAGGAUCCAUGGCAAAAGAAGAUAUGGAGAGAAAGGUGUUCAUCUUUCCCAGACAAUCUAUUUCAGAUUAUGUGGAGUUGACUCCACAGUUGACUGAGCCUUUGGACAAACUCACCGUCUGCUUGAGGACCUACACAGAUCUAAGCAAAAGCCAUGCUCUUUUUAGCUUGGACUUACCAGAGUCAUGGGACCGCCACAUGUUUGACAUCUUCCAGGCCCCAAUAGAUUAUACGAGACCCACACCAUUCCAUGCCUUCUUUGUCUAUAUAAAUAAUUCUCUGGCAUACAGUAAUGCACAGGCAGAAGUCCUGCACUGGAGGCACAGUUGUGUGACCUGGGACUCUGACACCGGAGUUCUACAGCUUUGGGUUAAUGGAAAAGUCUACCCUCAAAGAGUACUUCAGAAAGGCUCUUCUAUUGAUCUCCAAAAAGGCAUUUCCCUGGGUCAGAUGAGGAGAAAUUAUGGGACUGGGUGGGAGCCAGAGUCUUCAUUUCAAGGAGAAAUAAGUGAUGUCCACAUGUGGAAUGAGGUUUUGCCUCCUGAGACCAUAAGGCAGGUUCUGAUAAAUAAUAGGUACAUCAAUGGGAAUGUCAUUAGCUGGAGGUCUCUGAAUUACACUCUUAAUGGAGAUGUGAUUGUCCAACCCAAAGUCUAAUGUCGAAAUGGCAGUGAAUCAUCUCACUCUUACAGUCAUUGCUAAUAGAGAAUAUCAGAGUAACCCAUGUGAGUUGAAAUAUAAUGAGAUUGUGUUGUUGUUAUAGUGAAGCGCACACUAGUGUCUAAUGUGAAAAAAUAGGGUUUUUAUUAAAAAUGUAUUCUGUUAAGAAGAUAUCUGUAAUUAAAAGUACUUUUACAUCUGAA